AUGUCGUCUGAGAUUUUCGUGGUCUUCGACUCGGCUAGAACCAUUGUGAAUGACCAGUACAUCAGUGGCACUCCGAUUGUCUCGCAGUCCAUCACCUUCGCACAGUUUGGAGCAUCCAUUGUUGUGGGCUUGGUGGUCUCAGUGGCAGCUGAAGGCAUGACUGGUUUCAAGGAUGCAUUGUCGUGGAAGGAGAUUUUGCGAUGCUUCCCCGUAGCUACUUGCUUCUCCUUGAGCCAGACAUUCACAAUCAUGGCCUACAGCUCUGGAGUCAGUGGAAUGGAGAACACGGUCAUUGGUAACGUCUAUAUGCCUUUGAGCGCGUUGCUCAGCCGUUGGAUAUUUCGGCGCUCUUACAGCUUUCUGGAAUGGAUUGCUCUCACAGUGCUCAUGCUCAGCGCCAGUGCCUUUGUUCUGCUGCAGAACUCUGCAUCAGGCAAAGCUCCUUCAGAGAGCAUCUUCAACACUGGGAUCAGCUACGUCCUCCUCUCCGUGGUCAUGUCGUGUUUGGCUUCGAUGCUCUCAGAAAAGAUCAUGAAGGCGGGCAACAGCCAUUUCUACAUUCAAAAAGUGAAUUUGGAUGUUGGGAGCUUUUUCACAUCAAUCCUGAUGCUCUUUGUUUGCGGCAUCACAAGCAAACGCGAUCAAGAUGCAUUCUGGAAGAAAAGAGUCGUGGAAGAUGGCAGGAUGGAAGCUGGCAUUUUCGUUGCCUGGAAUUUGCAGAUGAUCAUCGUGCUGGUGGUUACACUUCUGCAGAAUUGGCUGGCAGGAUUUGUUGCCAAACGGCUUUCUACUGUCAUCCGAUCCAGCGCCCAGCAAUUGUCGCUCCUGAUCGUUUACUUUGUGGGCGAUUUGUUGCUGAACAAGAAAGGCUUCGACUGGCCCGUUGGCACAACUGCCUUGGUCAUUGCCCUGUCCGUACAGGUCUUCGUUUUCGCAGGUCAAGCAACCAAGGACAAGACGGACAAGACGGACACGAAGCCCAUCGGAAGUGGACAGGCUGUAAACAGGCUGUAA